UGUUAUAUAGAUAUGUGUUUUACUUUCAUAAUACGCUGAAAGUGCUUUUUCCUUUGGUAUUUCUGUUCAUCGAUUAGUAUGAUAAUAUCAAUGAAAUACACUCACAUACUGAAUCAAAACGUAUUACCUACUUCUUUAUUUUUCCUUAUCCUGUUUGGAAUUAUAUGUGUAUCCUCUGAAGAGAUGUCUACCCAGAAGGAAGAAAAUACUUUGCAAAAAGUAGCAAACUCAUGUUGCUUUUUUUCUAGUAAUUUUUACAAGAUACUCUCAAAUGAAUUUGAUGGCAAUGUUAUUACUUCGCCAUUUAGUUUACAUACUAUACUGUCUCUACUUCAUCAUGGAUCAAAAGGAGUAACAUCUAACGAAUUAGAAACUGUUCUUUAUCAAAAUGGUGCUGAUGUUCCUCACGAUGAAAUAAAAUCUUUAAUUUCUACAUUAAAUGAUAUAAAGGAUGUAGAAUUACAAAUAGCCAAUGCUAUAUAUAUACAAGAUGGUUUUGAAAUAAUUAAUGAAUUUACUACAGUGAGCACAGAUGUUUUCAAUUGUGACUUAUCUGUAAUAAAUUUCAAAAAUAAAUUACAAGCAUUUAAUGAAAUUAAUUCAUGGGUCAAGAAAGCAACAAGAGAUAAGAUUUCUAAUAUUCUUUCCAUGGACGAUAUUGACGAUUAUACGAGAGCAGUUCUAAUAAAUGCAGUUUAUUUCAAAGGUUAUUGGCUGCAUAAGUUUGAUGAUAAAUUAACUAAACAAAUAUUUUUUCACGCAACUAAAACAGAUAAAAAGUUAGUACCAAUGAUGUACAAACAAACCAAAUAUGUUUAUGGAGAAAUUCCACGUUUAGAUGCACGUUUCAUUGAAAUACCAUAUUUAAAUAAAGAUAUUACAAUGAUAAUAUUAUUACCUAAUGAUAUUGAAGGGCUUCAAUCUCUGGAACAAAAUUUUAAAUGGGAAGAUAUUUCUGAAGCAUCAAGUAAUGAAAUAGAUAUUGCAUUAACUCUUCCACGCUUUAAAUAUGAAGUUACAAUUAAUCUGGAAAAUAUUUUACGCAAGUUGGGCUUAAAUUCCAUGUUUGAAGAUAAUGCAGAUUUUGGUAAACUUACAAACGAGCCUGUAAAAAUAAGUAAAAUAUUACAAAAAGCUUUCAUUGAAGUUAACGAGGAAGGUUCAGAAGCCGCUGCAGCUACAGUCGGUAUAGUCAGACUUAGAAGAGCAUUGAUAGAUUUUCCAGAAGAGUUUUUAGUCAAUCGUCCAUUUUUAUUUAUUAUUAAUCACAAACCAAGUAAAAUACCAAUAUUCUUGGGUAGUGUUAAAGAUAUCUACAUUCCAAUGGAAAAAGAUGAACUAUAAAAUAGUUAUAUUAUUUACAUCAUAGGUAUUUAUGGUAUUUGCUUAUAAAAUAUUUUUCAUAAAAUAUAGAAUAUAUAUUUGCUAUUUUAAUAAUUCCUUCUUGUAUAAAGAUAAUUAAGUUAAUUUGUAUUGUAUAUCGCACAUUUUAUGUAGAAUUAACAAAUAUUCUGUACUUAUA